AUGUGGCGCCGUAGUCUUUGUUUAUAUGCCCCACCCAAAGUACUGUGUUUAACGAUGAUACCUGGUGGUGGGGCCAUGACGGAGGCUCUCAAGCAGUUGGGAUAUACUCCAUACACUUUUGAACACACCUUCACUGGAGGUCGUGUAGACACACACCCGCAAGAGUGGUGUAUGGUGUUAGAUAAGAAGAAACCAUUCAAUCCUGCUAUUCUCGAUCCUGCCCCUAGUGGAACUUCCUCUUCUUCUUCUUCUACGAGUAAAAAUGACGCUGGAACGCAUAAUGUGAGAUUUGAUGCACUUGUUGGCCCACCAUGCACAUUAGCUUUUGAAGCUAUAUUGAAAGAGUGUCCAUUAAGUACGCGUGUGAUUUUAGUGGAGGAACCGGAUAAGGAAGCAUGGGCACGGGAUGCCGCCGCGUUGUGGGGACCAUUAUUACGACACACAGAACGGGCAUCCCGGCGGCGUGCGGGUGUACAUCUUCACGCCAUGGUAGUAAAGAUGACGGCAGGUAUGACAGGAACGAAUAUAAAUAUAAAAGAAGGUAAAAGAGUUUAUGGAAAUUUAACAAGUAUAAAGGGAAAUACAAUGGAGAGUGCCGCGGCCGCAUUAGAGGCGUUUGAGACACGUGUACGAACAGUAGUGCCACGGGAUCGAUUGUUAGUGUACCGCUACGGUGAUGGUUGGGAGCCACUCUGUCGUUUUCUUUCCAUUCCCAAUAGUAAUACCAAUGUCGAAUCCCAAGGUAAUUUGAACACUAACAGUAACACUAAUGCUAAGAGUAUUUAUUCUAUCAUAGAGGAGAUGCCGUUUCCAGCACGAGACACCGGCGGAGAUGUAAUUGCGCAUUUAUGUGAACGACUGCGUCGUGUGGAGCGUGUGGUGUUGUGGGCCACUUGUGGUUUAGCCGCUGCGGCUUUAGUGCUGCACGCCCCGCUGUGGGUGGCACUGCGGGAUAUCGUCGCUGCGUAUCAUGCGGAGUACCGCGCCGCCUUUGAACCCAUCCUGCGUGAGGCCGCAGUGGAGGAGGAAAAGGGAAAUGAUAGCAAUAGUAAUAGUGAUAGUGAUAAGGAUAAUAAUGGGCGGUCACCGCGUCUCACGCUGCGGCGGGCACUUGUGUUGGCGAAGAAUACAACAAUGGCGUUUGAGGCCAAAUGGCGGGAACGCGGUGGUGUUUGGGGCGCCACUACAGAGGCAUACAGCUCACUUGCAACAGACGACAAGUAA